AUGCCAGCUUCGACACAUACAAACGGCGUCAAUGGGGCGCAGACUCCUCUCAACGGUAUUAAUGGUCUCAAUGGUACACACCAUGCGAACGGUAGCAAGCCCAGUCACUACCACCAGGACAAAGAUAUCUGGAAGGAGGCUCCUGUUUUGACCGGAUCAACGAAGUUCGAGCCUUUGCCAGAUGUGAAGAACAUCAUGAUCACCGGUGGCGCGGGCUUCAUCGCUUGUUGGCUUGUUCGUCAUCUCACUCUGACUUACCCGGAUGCUUACAACAUUGUCUCUUUUGACAAGUUGGACUACUGCGCAUCACUGCUCAACACCCGCAUGCUUAAUGACAAGCGAAACUUCACCUUCUAUCAUGGCGACAUCACCCAUCCUUCCGAGGUGGUUCAUUGCAUGGAGCGCCACAAUAUCGACACCAUCUUCCAUUUCGCGGCUCAGUCGCACGUUGACUUGAGCUUCGGCAACUCGUACGGAUUCACACACACCAAUGUGUAUGGCACCCACGUCAUGCUCGAGAGUGCAAAGAAGGUUGGAGUGAAACGAUUCAUCCAUGUAUCGACCGAUGAGGUCUACGGAGAAGUCAAUGACGACGACGAUGAUCUACUGGAGACUAGUAUCCUGGCUCCUACCAACCCCUAUGCUGCCAGCAAGGCUGCGGCUGAGAUGCUUGUCAACUCUUACAUGAAGAGCUUCAAGCUUCCAGUCAUCAUUGUCCGGAGCAACAAUGUGUACGGGCCACACCAGUACCCGGAGAAGAUUAUCCCCAAGUUCUCCUGUCUCCUGAACCGUAAGAGACCAGUUGUGCUGCAUGGCGAUGGCAGUCCCACCCGAAGGUACCUGUUCGCGGGUGAUGCCGCUGAUGCGUUCGACACGAUCCUGCACAAAGGUACUCUGGGCCAGAUCUACAAUGUAGGAUCAAUUGACGAGGUUUCCAACAUCCAACUGUGCUCGAAGUUACUAAAGGAGGUGGGCAUCCCGGUUGAAAGCCCUGCCGACUUUGGCAAAUGGGUCAAGUAUACCCACGAUCGGCCGUUCAACGACCACCGAUACGCGGUGGAUGGCUCGAAACUCAAAGAACUGGGCUGGGACCAGAACACAAGCUUCGAAAAAGGCCUCGCCAUGACUGUCAACUGGUACAAACAAUUCGGUGAACAAUGGUGGGGUGACAUCAGUAAAGUGCUAAGUCCAUUCCCAAUCGUCAUCGAGGACGAGGUGGUGUCUGACAAGGAGGAAAUCUGCGAUGAGCCCCAGUUGGCCAAGUCUCAGGACUAG